UUUUGUAUUUAUUUCUUGAAUUAUGAAGUUUUUGUAGAAAGACAUGGAUAAUAUGACUUUGAAAGAGAUUCAGAAUAAAUUGCUGCUAUGGGAGACUUCUGAUAAUCCCGUAGCACCGCUAACGUCGAGUCAAAGAGAAGCUAUACUUGAUUUAGAAGCUCUAUCUCUCGGCGAAAUAACAGAUGAAGAUGUAAACCAAUUUUUUACCGCAGAUGUUGAUCCCACAACUGAUGCUGAUGAAAUACCUAAAGUGGACUCUACAUAUGAGUUUCUGGACUGGUAUGAUAGACUAAAUGAACAGGAUGUGAAGAAGUAUGAUGAACCGUAUGAAGCAUAUUAUAAACAGCUGGAGGACAGGCGGAAUGAGUGUGUUGCUUUAAAUAGUCAGAUAACAGCAACCUUGUCAGACUUGAAUAAACUGUCAGAUGAAUACAACUUGGUGUCAAACAAAACAAAUGCCCUGCACAAUAUGAGUGAGCAGUUAUUGGCUGAUCAAAAUAAACUUUCAGGAAUUGGCGAGGACAUAAAACAGAAACUGCACUAUUUCACUCAAGUGGAGCAUCUGUCACAAAGGCUAAACAGUUCCACAAUGUCUGUGAACAGCGAAGCGUUCUUCAACGUGCUUGCAAAGAUUGAUGAGUGCCUGGAUUAUAUGAGAGCUAACAUCACAUUCAAAGAGGCUCAUACUUAUUCUGUGAAGUACCGCCACUUGCAAAGCCGGGCCAUUUCCCUCAUACGUGCAUAUGUGACUCACAUACUGAACCACGCUACGGAACAAGUGCUGACACCAGACGAACCCAGCGAUGGGGAGAGUAUGGACACGGCUUAUGCUGUAUACUUCGGCAAAUUCCAAGCUGCUGCUCCUAAGCUGAAAAUGGUUUUGGGUGAGGUGGAGAAACGGGCAAAGGUCAAUGAAGAUUACGCGUCACUCCUAUCCGACCUGCAACGGGAGUACGCUUCACGUAGGAAGCGCGUGGCGGGCGGAGCGACGGCGGGCGCGCUACGUAACGCGGCGGACAAACACGUGCGGGAUCACUGCGCGCUAUUGCGUGCCGCGUGCUCGUUGCUUGCGCUCGCUGUACGCGACGAGUGCGCGUUGUAUACGCACUUCUUCAACGACACCUCGCCUGCUUUAGAAGAAUACCUGCAGUCGUUAUGCAACGGGCUGUAUGAAACUCUGCGGCCGUACAUCAUUCACAUUAACCAUUUGGAGACCCUCGCGGAGCUGUGCGUUAUACUGAGGGUCGAGGUCAUAGAGGAGCAGGUCAAUAACGAUCCGGCGUUAAGUGCCCUAGGAAGCGCCGCGCGGUCCCUUUUGCAAGACGCUCAGGAACGCCUCGUGUUUCGCGCCCACGUACACCUACGCGCUGACGUGCUGAAAUACCGUCCCGCGCCUGGAGACCUCGCCUACCCCGACAAACUUCUGAUGAUGGAGCAAAUAGCCCUUUCUCUACACGAGCAAAGCCUUAAACGCAGCGACUCACGCAACUCUAUGAUAUCAGACAUUUCUACGACAUCUCAAGAAGUAGCCAACAUAAACGUCGAAGCCCAAAGAAGACCUCAAGCUUCUCCAGCCGACCUCCACGGAAUGUGGUACCCUGGAGUCAGAAGAACUCUAGCAGCCCUGUCCAGGCUUUACAGGUGUCUCGAAAAACGGGUCUUCCAAGGUUUAGCUCAAGAGGCGAUAUCCCUCUGCGUCCAAAGCGUAGAUAACGCAGCGAAGCAGAUAUCAGCAACGAAAACUGACAUAGAUGGCGAAUUGUUUCAAAUAAAACAUCUGUUGAUUUUACGGGAACAGAUCGCUCCGUUUCAGGUCGAUUUCAUUGUCAAAGAGACUACUCUAGAUUUCAGCAACGUUAGGUCUGCGGCGUAUGGAUUAAUCCAGAAGCCGAGGCAGAUUUUCUAUUUAAACAGCAAUAAUGCGCUUUUAGAAUUCCUACUGGAAGGUACUCCUAUUGUGAGGGAACAUCUGUUGGAUUCGAGGAAGGAAGUCGACAGGCAGUUGAAGAGCUGUUGCGAAACGUUUAUAAAAUUUUCCACGGAAAUUAUGGCUGGACCGAUUAUGGAGUUUAUUGAAAAGGCCCAAGCUUUUACUCCCAUGGAUCAGCUGAAGUCCCAGCCGUGGGCAACUCCAGAACAGCUGGCCGUCGUGGUCAAAGAGACGCAGCGACGUAUAAAAACUCAUCUGGCUCCACUACAGCGAUCAAUGCAGUUGUAUCUGGCCAAUAAGGAGACAGAAUUUAUAUUGUUUAGACCUAUAAGGAAUAAUGUGGUUGGAUAUUUCGUUCAAUUAGAACAAAUUCUCACCAACUCUGGAUAUUCAUAUGAAGAUACUUUAAUAGUUGCCUGUCCCACUCCAGAACAAGUGUCUGUUUUUAUUUCGUCUGCGAGUCUGAUAAGCAAUGCUGAGCCUGUGUUGCCAUAUGGAAAAAAGAAGCAGGCAACUGUUGUACGAAAACCUAGUGUUACCAGCGUGCCAGAAAAAGCUGAAGAAACCCCCACUGAAACAACUACAAUGCAGAGUACUUAGACUGGGAAUAUUUUUAUUGCACUCCAUCUGUCAUAUUCUUUCGUUUUCACAAAAGUAACAAAGAAUAUGACAAAUAUUUCUGGACCUUUUUUUUCUGCUUAUUUUCUUUAGUUUAUAGUUAAGUUUUAAGAGAUUUUAUAAUCAUUAAGUAAUGUUAUGCAAUAUUCCAUAAUUAAUAUAAAUAAAAAUAAUGUAGUUAA